UACACCUGCCCAGUAGCUAACAUGGAGUUUCAGCUCAACCGCCUUCUCACCUGCAACAGCUGUGGUUUCCAGAGGAGCUUUACAGAGGAUUCCAACUACCUCUCUCUGGUGAUCAGUCCUCAAAGAAGCCUCACUCACAGCCUGGAGCAGUACUUCAAAACAUCUUCGUUGGACUGCUCAUGCAGUGAGUGUGCUGGCGCGACAGCUUCUGAGGCCCUGGAAUUAGUUACCUGUCCACGGAUCCUGGUGCUUCUGGUGAUGCGUUUUGACAUAACAUCGUCAAUGAAGAAGCUGAAAGAUAAACUGGAAGUUCCACAAGAGUUUUCACUGUCCUGUAGUACAGGUGGAAGAAUCAGACAGCAGGACACUGUAUAAACUAGCUGGUGUCGUGUCACAUAUGGGCAGCAGUUUGUAUUGUGGGCACUACAUCAGUUAUGUCCAUGACGGAUCUGAAUGGCUUAAAUGCAGUGACAACUCCAUCAAAAA